CAGCAACGCGCCGCCAGCUUCGCUCAGGUACCCGCGGAGUGACGCAGUUCUCGCUGCCUCCACUGGAUUCUCUUUCCAUAAGCACGCCACGCCCAAACGCUGGUCCUGCACUGUCCGUCAAGACUUUCUGUGCACCACUGAGAUUUGUUGUAUUUAUUACAAUCCCCACAGAUUCCGAUUUGAGAGCCGUCACGAUGUCUGUAAACGUGGUGGUCAAACACCAAGGCAAGAAGCACAAUGUCGAGGUCGACCUAGACGCCAGCGGCGAGGAUUUCAAGCUGCAGCUCUUUAGCCUAACCAAUGUCGAGCCUGACAGGCAAAAGAUCCUCGUCAAAGGCGGCCAGAUCCGCGAUGAUACCGAUAUGAGGAGCCUUGGCUUGAAGGAUGGCCAGAUCCUCACCAUGCUCGGAAGUGCUGGAUCAGGCGGCCCUGCUCUCGCCCGCCCUAAGGAGCCGAUCAAAUUUGUCGAAGACAUGACGGAAGCCGAAGCAGCACAGCAAGUCGGUGCUACGCCCGCCGGUCUCAUGAACCUGGGCAACACCUGCUACCUCAACUCGACCCUCCAGACGUUGCGCUCGAUUCCCGAACUCCAGACCGCCCUGACAAAAUACAGCCCGACCUCUGCCGGCCCUUCAACGGGUAUGUCACAAAUGGAUCUUGCCGCCCAGCUUUCCAGCUUAUACACCAAGAUGGGCAACACUCAGGACUCGUUCCCACCCAUGAACUUCCUGAGCGCCCUGCGUGUGGUCUUCCCCCAAUUUGCGGAAAAGUCGAGACACGGUGAAGGAUACGCCCAGCAGGAUGCAGAGGAGGCAUGGUCACAGAUUGUCCAGCAACUGGGCCAGAAGCUCCAAGUCGGUGGUCCUGACAACAGCAAAACAUCGUUUGUCGACAAGUACAUGGCUGGCGAGUUCACCUCAACGAUGAAGUGCGACGACGAAGAAGCUAGCAAGGCUGGUGAGCUGGCUAUUGAGUCAAAGGCCAAAUUCUUCAAGCUCGACUGCCACAUUGACGCCCAGACCAACCAUUUGCGAGACGGCAUCUUGUCUGGCUUGAGUGAGAAAUUGGAGAAGAAGUCUGAGAUUCUCGAUCGCGACACCACAUACACAAAGAGCUCCAAGAUUUCCAGGGCUCCCAAAUAUCUCACUGUGCACUUUGUUCGAUUCUUCUGGAAGCGCGACACCCAAAAGAAGGCCAAGAUUAUGCGCAAGGUUACAUUCCCCCACGAGCUCGACAUUGUUGAGUUUUGCUCGGACGAGCUGAAGAAGGCGUUAGUUCCUGUACGCGACAAGGUCCGUGAGGUACGUAAGGAUGAGGAGGACAUUGAGCGUUCUCGCAAGCGAAGAAAGAAGAACCGCGACCACGACAUGAGCGAUGUUGCCGGUGGUUCUGGCUUGCCCACAGAGAGUGAGAAGAAGGAAAAGGCCAAGAAGGAAGAUGUCAAGCAGGCUGGCAACAAGAAGCCUACUGUUGGUGCCGACGGCGACACAGAGAUGGAGGAAGUCUUCAAGACGGAUGCCGAGAUUGAAGCCGAACAGGCCGAAGCUCUGCUGAAGGCGAAGAAGGAGCUCAACGCCCUUAUCAGCGAGGACCUUCGCAAUGAUGAGGGCGCCAACCAGUCUGGUAUUUACGAGCUUCGUGGUGUCGUCACCCACCAGGGUGCUGGCGCCGACAGCGGUCACUACACUGCCUACGUCAAGAAGGCUGCUCCUGUCGAUCCCAAGACGGGCAAGAAGGGUGAGGAGGACGGCAAAUGGUGGUGGUUCAACGAUGAAAAGGUGACGGAAGUCACUUCAGACAAGAUUGAUGCGCUUGCAGGUGGCGGCGAGUACCACUCAGCCCUAAUCUUGCUGUACAAGGCCAUUCCCUUGCCCAGUGCUGAUGGCGCUGAUGAAUAAAAGGAAUUUACGACACGGACAAAGACAGACACACACGCAUGAGCCUUGAUGAAUUGAAGUUUGGACAGCAUUUCUUAGCAUUCAAGUAAAAAGAUUAGACAAAAAAUUGAAUGGGCCCAUUUUGUAUGGAGGUUUUCUUUCCGCGAGACGAGCCGUCACAGUCUUUGUAGUUGGAACCAUGUCGUAAAAAAUGACUAUAUGUUACAUUCUAUCGGGGGUAUCGUUAAAUAUAGUUGUACAAUGCAUAUCGGGGAAUACAGCCAAGUUCCAUGUCAGGAGCUCUUUUCGCUCUUUUCCUUCUUGGCUUCCCUCUCCUUGACACGCAACUGGAACAUUUGGACCUUGCGCUCCAGUCCGGCCUUUUGCUGCAGGAGAUGCUUCUUUUGGUCCUCGAGGAUGGAUAUUUGGUCAGCCGGUGUCGUCUGGCGAAACUGCUUGAUAGCCUACAAAAGAAAAGCUUGUUAGUCGUUGCUACGAAGCUGCUGCGUCGUUUUUGUUGUUUGAGUCGUGCGUACCUGUGUCUUUUGCUCGUCGCUCUUGAGCUGUGCGCCAGUCAGGGCUCCAACGCAAAUGACGGCACCGAAAGCAGCGGCCCAGACGCCGCGGUUGACCUUUUGGCGAGGGGUGAGGUUUGCGCCGAUGGGCAUUGUGAUAAAGGAGGUUGAGGGAGAGCGAGGCGCAGCGCACGCACUAUUUGGAUGCCGGAUUGAGGAGUGAGAUUCUCUGUGCUGCUAUGAGAUCAUUGGAGGGUGAAGGUCUGACAGCGAUGAUGGAGGGCGACGGCACGUGGGUUGUCGAGACGGUGGGUGGUGGUGAUGGUGGUGAUGAUGGCGAAACGUGAACCGGACUUUUUCUUCGAGCGGCGACGGUCUCGGCCGCCGGCGUUGGAGUUUUAGUCAUCGGCUGUCUGGGGCCGGACAUGUUUUGCGACGGGCAUGGAAUUAGUAGGAAAUUUGCAGAGAAAUAAUUAUGUAUGAUAAUCUUGCCAUUGAUUGACU